GCGCGGGGUCGGGCGGGAACGGCGGCGCGGCGGGCAGAGGGCGGUGCCGGGCGGCGGGCGACAUGUUCCAGGGCCCGGAGAGCGAGGGCGGCCGCGCGGGCUCCCGGGCCAUGAAGCCUCCGGGGGGAGAACCGAGCAAUCUUUCUGGAAGUCCAGAAGAAGCUGUUCCUUCAAGCAGGCCUAAUAGGAUGGCAUCUAAUAUUUUUGGACCAACUGAAGAACCUCGGAACAUACCCAAGAGGACAAACCCCCCAGGUGGGAAAGGAAGUGGCAUCUUCGACGAAUCGACUCCCGUGCAGACUCGGCAGCAUCUGAACCCCCCUGGUGGGAAGACCAGUGACAUUUUUGGCUCCCCAGUCACGGCCACUUCCCGCUUGGCACACCCAAACAAACCCAAGGAUCACGUUUUCUUACGUGAAGGAGAAGAGCCAACAUCGGACCUUAAAGCUGCGGUGAGCAUCCCACCUGGAGAAGAGCCGGGCGAGAGAGGCAGCGCCAGGGGAGCGGGCCACGCCGCGGAGCACGGGCCCACGGCCACGGUAGACAGCCACGAGCCCAGGCUGGGGCCGCGGCCUCGCUCGCACAACAAAGUCCUGAACCCACCAGGAGGCAAAUCCAGCAUUUCCUUCUACUAAGCAAUUACUACCUGACCACAGCCAGACGAGAGAGUCAGAGUCGGUGUAGCCAAUACUGUCGUUUCCUGCAGCCCAAGCGAGCCGGGGGGGAAGAGGGUUAGCCGUGUGUGGGAGGCUGGCAGCUCGGGGUCUCCGCUGACAUCACGAGAGGUGCCCAGAGGACCACGCCUUCCAGACUGCGAGAGACAUGUCUUCAUGGGAUAAAAUGCGAGUCCCCUGGCUUUCACCCACUCCUAGUUCCAGACGUGAGAGGAACUCUACGGUGGGCCAGGGCAGGGAGGUGGCGCGGGGUUGUGGGAGGCUUGGUGAAGCCAGGCAGGUGUCCUGCGCCAGCUGAUGGGACACCUGGGAAGGACGGAAAGGAAACAAAACAGCCCGUCCUCUGCGUUGGGGGGAGGGAGCGAAAUGACACGAGGCGCUGGGGACGGCGUCUGGACAACCCCCUCGGAUCCCAACGCCAGGUGCCCCUCACCACGCUCCCCAUCCCGAGGCCACCCUGCUGAGCCCCAGCGUCUCCUGUCUGUUUUAUCCCCAAUGUAUUUUUUUUUUUGCAGUCUUUUCUUAAAACAUCUUGAUGGCUUCUCCUUGGCAGCUUUCAAAAAAACCAAAAAGUUGUCCUCAGUCUUCUGCUUUGUGGAAGGUUUUAGACCCUAAUCCUCUGAGUUGCCCAGUUUCUGCCGCCCAGAGCCCUGGCCCAUCUCAUGCAGGGAUCUGCCCUUCUCUUGCAAGGACGGCCUUGCUCCUUCACCUGCCAGUUUUGCUUGUGAAUUGUUCCUUUUCUUCUCUCAUCACCCUUAAGUCCAGGCCUUUGUUCUUCUCCAGGGAUGUGGACAGUUCCCUAACAAGCCACGGUUCUUCCGCAAGUGCGCGCCACCGACCUUCGCAGGACUUGGAAACUCUGCUCAGACAUGUCCGAGUUAGGGGCUUACUUAGCUUCUCCCGUGUCCCACUUUAUUCGAGCAGUGGGUUGGUGGGAAGAAUCGGUGCUUGAGAACCUUGGAUUCUUUAAUACCUGAAAAGCUAUUUUUAAACACCAGCUUUACGUAAAUGGCUAUUGAUUCUGGUCUGUUCCUGACACCUUCUCAGAAAAAAGUCACUUGCUCAGGUACACCAAAGAGGAACAAAACCUGCUUAGACCACCCUUUGUGAAGCUUUGCAGAACCUCUGGACCAUGGUCACAAUCGUCUGGAAGAGACUGGAGACCUUAGGCCAGGAGCUGAGGUGGUUUAGCAGCAGUCACAGCUGUUCAGUUCCCUGGCACUUGGCGGCUAAGACCGUGGGCAGCUCAUCUGUCAGGCAGAAGUGUCCCCCCGCCCCCGCCGCCGUUCACCCCGAAAAGGCUGCAGUUUCAGUCCCCUGCUUCCCUUGGGCGGGCAUCUGUCUGCAGAGAAGAGUGUCUGGGUGGUGGUAGCUAUUGCUCUGAGUGCCUACAAAGCUAACGCCUGGUGCUAGAAACAUCAUCGUGAUUAAAAUUUACUAAUAGAAAAGCAACAACUGUUAGUGAGGCUCACGCUGGCCUACCUGCUUAAGUGCCUGCAGGAACUGCCUGUCGAGCUCACUUCCUGUGCCUGGCACAUGGAGGCAUCUGCACGAGGCUUUGUCAACCAAAGACAGUCCCCCCUUCAGCUGCCCUGCAGACUUUGGAGCCAAGAAACAGCCAUUCCAUGCGACUCUGUCACAAUUCAAAUGGUUUGUGGUUCAGUCAUUUAUAAGAGAGUUGUUAGGAAUUCAGAGCUUUUUCUUUCCCGUUUAAAAACGUCAUAAAUGGUAGUAAACUUUUUAAGCCCAAACACGCUAAUUUGUUUUACUUAAAAGGAAAUAGUCUGAUGUUAGAAAUGAACGACCACUCACAACGCUUUCUAAUGGAAAAAGGUUUGUGAACCACGCUGCAUUGCCAAGAACAAACCUGACAUUGCCCUGCUGGCCCUGCCCCCUCCCUCGAGCCCUCUGUCAGCCAGGUGCGGGGAGCUCUCUAGUUCUGCCCGCUGGCAGGCACUUCGGGUGGAGAAGGGAGAAGCCAGGGAUGAGAAGGAACGUCUUGGGGAGUGAGGAAGCCGUCAACCAGAGCAAAGGCCCCUGGGCAGCACUGACAGAACUCACCUCACUCUUUUCCCAUCGCCUGCCUUUCCUUGGCUGAGGCUGCGGGGCUGGUCAGGGAGAAGAGGAGGAGAGUCGCUGCACACGGAGCCCCACUGUGGUUGCCAUCUGCAUUUAGAGGGUAUUCUAUACAUUGGGGACUGCCUGUACUUGGAAGAUUAAAAAAUUAGCAUCCUGUUUUCCACCUCUAAGCUGCAUUGAGAAAUAACUACUCUGUACUUUGAUUAAGCCUUAAAGCUUUUAAGUGCAUUUGGUGCCAACAUUUUUCUAGAGCUGUAUCUAAACCAAAAAACCUAUACUCAUAUCUCAAUGUAAUUUUGAUAGGAACAUUUUUGUUAUUUUUACAAGGCAGAAUUGGAUAUAACAGUUUAAUAAACUUA